AUGGAGGGCACCCUGGUGUGGGUGCUGCUGGUGCUGCUGGUGCUGGAGGAUGCAGGGACCCAGGAAUUUUGCCCUGUGUAUCCUGCGCCUCUGGACUGGACCACGAAGUUCUACUCUCAGUGCCUGAACUUCAGUAACCUGAACUUGAGUCUACCCCAAAACCAGUCUCUGCAGGCCAGCAAUGUGGUCACCCUGGACCUGUCCUUAAAUGGCCUGCGUGAGCUUCCACCACUCUUCUUCAAGAACCUGGGGGCUCUGAAGGUCCUGGAUGUCACGGGCAACUCGCUGAACCGUGUGGGUGGGACCCUGGCCGCCCUCUGUAACCUGACACUGAAGGCCGACUGUGGCUGUGGGCUGGCACCCUGGCACGAGGUCCGCAGGGACAAUUGUUCUGGCCAGCUGCCCCUGCAAUGCCUGGAUGUGGUCAUGGGUUCCUGGAGAAACCUCUCCACCUUCCUGGAGGCCAAUUGUGCCCGUGGUCUAACCCCGGGUACCAUUGGGGCCCUGGCAGCCAGUGGCUGCCUGCUCUUGGGGUUGGCCAUCACUGGCCUUGUGCUGGCUUGGAGGUUCCGGAACCGAGACCUGGAAAAGGUCCGGGCUACCAAGGAGGAUCCCAAGUCUGGUUUGGGCAGGCAGCCACGGUACAGCAGUCGAGGUCGCAGCUCCAAGGCCCCAGCAGUCACUCUGCCCGGGCCGACCACGUCCACUCCAGACUAUGAAAAUAUGGUUGUUGGCCAGCCAGCUCAUGAGCCUGGCUCCCAGGAGUACCACUGGACUGAGCAUGGGAGUCAGUCACCAGAGAAUGACUUCUAUAUGAACUACGAGGACCACAGUAGGACCUCCCAGCCUGUCUAUUGCAACCUGGCAUCACUGAGAAGGGCCACCCUGGAUGAAGAGGAGUACGUGGUCCCAGGGCACUGA